ACAUGUCACUAUGACAGUGACAGUACCUUAAAGCAUUUUGUGUUCGUGUCAAAGAAAUGUUAAUAAACAUGAAUAAAUGCGUGAUUGUUUUUAAAAAUAACAUGCUGAUUACAUUAAAAUAAAGAUAAAAACUUUUAUAAUAAUGUUUUUCUUUAAAAUUUAAAUAUAGUUUGACGUAAACCUAAAUUGUGAUUACGUGUCAUAAUAAUUAUAAGAAUAAUGUAUAUUAUUGUAAUUUAAAAUAAUAUUUUUCUUUUAAAGUCAAAUUAUUCAUAAUCCUUACAAUUAAUAAUUAAUUAAUUGAAGAAGAUAGUUACCGUUGCACUUAAAUAUAUUAUUUGUAUAUAGGUUUUUUUUUUAAACAUAACCUAACUUUUUGUGAAAAAAAAUAUAAAUUAAUGACAAUUAUUUAGCUAUUAGAAAAUUUAAAUUGUAGAUAGAUAAAGCAAUGGUUAUUGAAAGUAUGAGGGUAGGAGGAGGAAGAUGUCCACCACUUCUCGUAGGAGGUCUUUUUGUUGUUUGUUUAAUGCUUAUUGUCAAUUGGUACAGUCUUUCAUCAGAAAAUCUUGAACUUCUUCGUCAGUUGGAUGAACUUGGAGAACAGCUCAAAAUUAGCGCAGAAGAAAGGGAUGAAUGUGUGACUUCACGAGCAAAAUUACAGCAAAGUAAAAAAAAAUCUGAGGAAGAAAAAGCUUCUCUACAUGUUCGCAUUGCACAUCAAUAUGAAUUACAAAAACAAAAGGUAGAAUUAGAAAUGUCUCUAACUGCCUGUAAAACUCAGGUAUCAUCACUCACUAAUGUUGACAAAACACGAUCAGCAACAAUUGAUGCUUUACAUUUGGAAAAAAAUACAACUUCAAUUAAAUUGAAAGAGACAAUAGAGGAGAAUAAAAAAUUACACGAUGAAUUAGAUAAGCUGAAGAAUGAAUUAGAAGCAGCUAAAUUGGCAAUAAAUGCACCACAAGAGAAUAAAGUAAUGGAAAUUGUACCCAAAGCUCAAGAAAAUACUAAAAUAAAAAAGAAUAUUGAGGGAGGAGUUCAAAACUCUCAAGAUGAGGAGGAUGAAAUGAAAAAACAAAUAAAUCAUAUGAUAUCGGGUCACAAUCUUUUUGAAGAUACCGAUGAUGUAGAACUCAAUAAUGUUGCAGAUGAAGAGAAAGAUCAAAAAUUAGUAACAAACGAUGAAGAGAAGCAAAAAAAUCUUGUAACAUAAAAAUCAUUUUUUUUUUUUCAAUAUAUUUUUAUUUUGACAAAAAAGCAAAAGAUUGAGUAUACCAAUAUUAUAAGUAUACACAAUUACAUUUCCAUUGAGAAUUUUUUUUUUUUCUUUAUUAAUUCGCAUUUCUUUUACAUAAGUUAUUUAUAUUUUAAGACUUGUAACACUGAUAAUUACAAGUCUAAGCAAAAUACAAAACUUUUGUUUUACCUUAGAAGAAAGUAAAAAAAAAAAAAAAUUGUACCCAUAUCGCUCAUUAAUAUAUACUUAUUAAAUUUUUAAAAAAAUCAUGACAAUUUUUAGAUAAAUUUUAUUAUAAUUUUAUAAAUUAAUUGUUUUUAUAAAAAAACAAUGUCAGGAUUUACAAGCCUGAAAAUUGUUUAUACUAGAUGAAAAUGUACGUUUGUAUAAAUAAAACGAAAUGAAAUUUACAAUAUA